GGGUAACCAAUACUCAAGAACCUCGCACUUCAUUCACUUUUCAAAGCUCCGUGCAACAGAGUUUAUUUAAUGUGUGUAAUACCAAUAACAUCAAAAUAACUGCACCUUGUUAGCACCUACCAGAAGAACUUCAGUUAGAUUUUGUAGUCGGGUUAGUUAAAAUCCUUAUAUCUUCUUUGCACUUUGUCGGCACGCUAUUUCGACUUAAUGGCUAACGAGGAUCAACAUGUUUGUGGAUUUCAACUGCAGUUUUUUCAACGUUAACAUGAGAUCAUACGUGAAAGAAGGGCGCGUGAAGGACCAUGGCGCGACUACCAUGAUUUUAGAGACCCUGGAUCCACGUCUGUUGAUUGUGCAAGACGCGACACCCACUACCUUGCCAACUUCCAAUGUGAUGGAGAAUGAUACAAGGUGCGGGGAACACAUUCUGCGCCACGGCAGCGUGGAGAAAGUGCUGAUAGGGGGGAUACUCACCAUGCUUACUUUUAUGACAAUUUGCGGGAACUUGCUUGUGGUCAUAUCUGUGUGCUUCGUUAAAAAGCUGAGGCAGCCCUCUAAUUAUCUGAUCGUUUCCCUUGCGGUGGCAGACCUGUCGGUGGCACUGGCAGUAAUGCCCUUUGUCAGUAUCACGGACCUCAUAGGCGGACAGUGGAUUUUUGGUCAAUUCUUCUGCAACGUUUUCAUUGCUAUGGAUGUGAUGUGUUGUACAGCGUCUAUCAUGACCCUGUGUGUGAUCAGUAUCGACAGGUACCUCGGGAUCACUAAGCCACUGACCUACCCUGUACGUCAGAGUGGGAGAUGUAUGGCCAAAAUAGUACUUUCUGUUUGGCUUCUGUCUGCCUCCAUCACUCUACCCCCUUUAUUUGGCUGGGCACAGAAUGUGAAUGAUGGCAAGGUGUGCCUAAUCAGCCAGGAUUUUGGCUACACAAUUUACUCCACCGCGGUUGCGUUCUACAUCCCCAUUUCCGUGAUGCUCAUCAUGUACUACCGAAUAUACCGGGCAGCCCAAGUGAGCGCGGCGAAGCACACGAUCGCUGGCUUCCCGCGGGCGGACGAGGACGAGAGCGUGGACUGUGUCACCGCCGCCAUGAAACUUCAGAAAGAGGUGGAGGAAUGCGCGAAUUUUUCGCGACUCCUGAAGAGCGACAGAAAGAACAUUUCCAUUUUCAAACGGGAGCAGAAGGCUGCGACCACGUUGGGGAUAGUGGUGGGGGCCUUCAGCGUGUGCUGGCUGCCCUUUUUCAUACUGUCCACGGCGCGGCCCUUCAUCUGCGGCGUGCAGUGCAGCUGCGUCCCCUUUUGGGUGGAGAGGACCCUGCUGUGGCUGGGCUAUGCCAAUUCUCUCAUUAACCCCUUCAUUUACGCCUUCUUUAACAGGGACCUCAGGACCACUUACCGCAACCUGCUCCGGUGCAAGUACAGAAACAUCAACCGCAAGCUCUCCGCUGCCAGCAUGCACGAGGCGCUCAAGCUCGCUGAAAGACCAGAUCUGGUGCUCUAGUUCGACGUUUC